AUGGCCACCGCCGCGCCAGACGACGCCCGAUUGCCGGUCCACUCUCUGAGCGGCGGAAACACCGUCCACCACGUAUCUCCUCCGUCCGCCGUCGCGAGCCCCGGCGGGGUUGUGUACAGAGAGGCCAAGCCUUCCGGGAAGUGGUUCCCCUGGCUGUUACCCGCCUUCGUGGUGGCCAACGUGGUUAUGUUUGUGAUUACUAUGUAUGUGAACGAUUGUCCGAAAAAUUCUGUCUCGUGCGUCGCUAGAUUCUUGGGGAGGCUGUCUUUUCAGCCCUUUGGGGAAAAUCCUCUGCUCGGGCCUUCAUCUUUGACACUCGAGAGAAUGGGAGCUUUGGAUGUGGGUAGAGUUGUCGAUCGACACGAAGGAUGGCGGCUCAUCACGUGUAUGUGGUUACAUGGUGGAGUGUUUCACUUACUCGCGAAUAUGUUGAGCUUGAUUAUCAUCGGCAUUCGGCUCGAACAGGAGUUUGGAUUUGUACGCGUCGGCUUGCUCUAUCUCAUUUCUGGAUUUGGCGGAAGUUUAUUUUCGGCUCUUUUCAUUCAAUCAAACAUAUCAGUAGGUGCCUCUGGUGCCCUUUUCGGCUUAUUAGGAGGCAUGCUGUCCGAGUUGAUAACUAAUUGGUCCAUAUAUGCUAACAAGGUAGCUGCUUUAUUCACACUCGUGAUAAUAAUAGCUAUAAACUUGGCUGUGGGAAUACUUCCACAUGUGGAUAACUUUGCUCAUAUUGGUGGGUUUUUAUCGGGAUUUCUUUUGGGCUUCGUUUUUUUGAUCCGCCCACAAUUUGGAUGGGCCAACCAGAGGUAUGCCCUUGCUGGUUAUACCACUAUUUCGGGUAAGCCCAAAUUCAAGGCCUACCAACGCGUGCUCUGGCUGCUUUCUUUGAUUCUUCUAGUUGCCGGGUUCACGGUUGGGUUGAUCUUGCUACUUCGGGGGGUGGAUUUGAACAAUCAUUGUUCGUGGUGCCAUUAUCUAAGUUGCGUCCCGACUUCAAGAUGGAGCUGCAACACACAACCUGUUUCUUGUCAGGCUGUGCAAACAGGGGGCCAAUAUAUUUUGACGUGCUCCAACAACGGUAGGAACCAGACUUAUUCACUUUUCAAUCUGAACGAAAAUCAAAUUCAGGGAUUAUGUGCUCGGUUAUGCCGGUGA